AUGCGCCAUCGACACAUUAGCACUCAAUUCUCAGGCGGUUUCCUUGCCUAUUUUCCGUUUGUUUUCAUUCUGCUCCUCACGUGGAACACAUUACAAGUUUCUGCGGCAGAUUGCGCUAAAGCAAAACGUGAUUGGCUUAAUUAUCGGUACAAAACACAUGUCGCUACCCCUGUUUCAUCGUCUUACAAUCAACCAGUUUGCCCUAUUCCUGAGGGCAAUUCAUGUUGUGAUAAACAGAUGGAAUUGGAUAUAUAUGGAGUCGGUGAAAGUGAACUUUCAAGCUCCCUUGCGAGCUGGCUUAUUCCCACGGCCGAACAGCUGGAAAGUGAUAGCGUGGCCCUAGAUUGGCUCGCGGUGCUGCUGCUGACUCACCUGCCACAGGCCAGAUUGCAUCGUUCAUUUGGCCGUAGUCACGUCUCCCAAAAGAUUAACAAUUUACAACACAAUCCUUGGCUAACGGCGACCCAUGUAGCUGAGACAUUAAAGCGCUCGUUUUCGUGUGAUCGCGUGCCCCAAUUCGAUGGCAGACUCGUCCCCGUUUAUGUCUUUUGUGGCCCCACACGCCCAGCCACCCCCUUCGGCAUUUUUCCAUCUACCCAACCUGGCUACAUUUACCUCGCCCAAUCAACUAUAUUUUUCAAAGAGAUGACAUCAAUGUCUUUCAAUUCCAGUGGAUGUCCAGCAAAAGGAGGACCAAUGAGGGCCUACUAUAUCCCCCCCUCUGCUUCUCUAACUCGGGCAAUGAGAAAAAAUCCUGAUGACAAUAUUGACGGGAGUAGACUCCCAAAAACAUACUGGACAGACAGCGAAGAUGCCCUUUCUAUUAUUAGUUCCUAUUCAAAUGACAGCUCUCCAUCCCCUGUACCUCGGCUCACUCGAACUUCAACGCUGAAGCGAACCAAUCGGAGCUUAGAUGGUAGCCUUCAGCAACAUUUUCCUACUGUUGCUGGGGCAAAGCGCAAGAGUGCGAAGACAGAGGAUGUGGAGGUUGAUAACUAUGACAUUGUCUGUGCCUGUUGCACUCCCCAAACUUCGGUAAAACGGCCGUUGGUCGCGAUGGGCGCUGGGGGAAUCAGAGCUAUUCGAGGACUGCCCGCUGUAACUGCCUCUCCAACAACCAUUUCUCACCAGCUCGCGCCGGUAUGUCCGGUUCCAAUGCCACCACAGUUCGCAAGCUACACUUGCCUCGGGCAGAGCUCCCGACCCGUCCUCCGAUCCACUGAGACACAAACCUCGCCCCCCUCCAGCGAGAAGAAAGUAAGCCGGCGUAGCCGCUCCCGACGAAGCUCUGGAGCACUUCUCAACUCAAUCAAGAAAAAGAUUAACCACAUCCGACGGUCUGUGAGUUCUGACAGGGCUAAAGCUCGCUUGUUCUUUGGAGAUGAGUCCAAUCCGGCUACACCAAAGAGGAGGCUCAUCGAGACUAGUGUCGCAACCAAAUACACAUUAAUUAAACGUUCCACCGAUGGAAGUCGGCUAAUUCAAAUGAAGCGACGUUCAAUUUCUGAUCAGUUUGGAAUUUUCAUCAAGACGGAUUCUGAGGGUCUCUACGUGAGUCGUCUCGGCAAUCAGGACCAUGUUAAAGGGGAACGAGCCUUCCUACGCACUGGAGACCGUGUACUUGAAGUCCAGAAUGUUCCGGCCAGAGGCCUUGACACAGGCACCCUAAUCCAAGAGGUGGCACUGCUGUGUCAUGGCUUCAUGACAAAAAUAGACCACCUGCGAAAUCUUGAUGGUCCUGUCGAAAUGAAGCGGCUGGGCACGCACUGCUGCCCACCUCCGCAGGCCCACGUGCCAGGCCGUUCGGACAGGGUGCAGCACUGCUGGGUAGGGGUGUGGGGGAGCAGAGGCAACACUCACUGCCGCUCUCGUGCGAACCAGAUGCCCUCCGACGCACAAAGGGGAGAGGGCACAGCUGGACUGAAACAGUGGCACCUCGGUAUCUCAUCCUUCCUGUAUAACAGUGGGAAAGAUAACUAA